GCGGCGGAGCUCUGUGGUGACCCGGUAAUGAACUGCUCUUAGACGGCGGUCCGGGCGACCUGUCGGGGUCACCGAGCUCCAAUAUGGCGUGGAGGAGCUGCUCCGUCCUGCUCAGGCUGACCGGAGAUGAAGGAUUACGGAGCUCCGCGAGGGGUGGCAGGUGGCCUCACAGCUUGCAGCAGAGAUGCGGCUUCAGAAAAGCUACGAGGAAACCAGAAUCCAAGAAGGUGGAGGAGGAGCUAGGCCCCGCCCACAACGAGUCCUCUGAAACUGCGGUCCAGCGCCGCACCCCCACUCCUCACGGGGAUCAUCCGCCCAGCACCCCUCGUGCCUUCGCCCAGCUCUUCAGACCGUUCGUCUUUACUGUCGGGGUUACAGGGUUCUCCUUCGGCUCGGCGGCCAUCUGGCAGUACGAGUCCCUCAAGUCUCGAGUGCAGAGCUACUUUGAUGAGCUGCGAGCCGAUUGGCUGGAGAAGGUGAAACCUCAGAAACGAGGGGAUGUCCGCAAAGAGAUCAACCAAUGGUGGAACAGCCUGACUGAGGGCCAGAGGACGGUAACGGGGAUCAUUGCUGCUAACGCCAUCGUGUUCUGCUUAUGGAGAGUCCCGUCUCUGCAGCGCUUCAUGAUCAGAUACUUCAUGGCCAACCCGGCCUCGAGGACUCUGUGCUCUCCCAUGAUUCUCUCCACAUUCAGUCACUUCUCGUUCUUCCACAUGGCGGCCAACAUGUACGUCCUCUGGAGCUUCUCCACCAGCGCCGUCUCCAUGCUGGGCCGAGAGCAGUUCAUGGCUGUCUACCUGUCUGCAGGUGUUGUUUCUACGUUUGUCAGUUAUGUGUGUAAGAUGGUGACGGGGAGGUUUGGGCCAUCACUCGGCGCGUCUGGAGCCAUCAUGACCGUCCUGGCUGCUGUUUGUACCAAAAUUCCCGAAGCCAAACUGGCCAUCAUCUUCCUCCCCAUGUUCACUUUCAGCGCUGGCAACGCUCUGAAGGCCAUUGUUGCCAUGGAUACAGCAGGCCUGGUGUUGGGAUGGAAGUUUUUUGACCAUGCUGCUCAUUUAGGAGGAGCCAUGUUUGGAAUCUGGUACGUUUUGUUCGGCCACGAGUUGAUCUGGAAGAAGCGGGAACCCUUCGUGAAAAUUUGGCACGACUUCAGAACUCGAAGGGGGCCGGGAGGAGGUGGAGGAGGGGACCGCGGCGGUGCCAUUUAGGAUGCCGAAACACUGGGACUGAUAGGAAUAAAAUACUAAAAGUAACGUGUAACGAUGUAUAAAAUGUACAGGCAGAAUUUCAGGAGCCGUGGGGCACAGGGUAAGAGUAAAGACUCGAGUUUGUAUUUAUAAAACUUGAAUGAUUCAGAUUUUUAUCUCUUUUUUUCACAUUUUGUUCAGAUACAAAAUAAAUGCAGCCAAGCACAAAGGUUCCAUCAGAUCAACAAUUAUUUAAUAAUCAGUUGAUAAAAGGUGCAGUAUCACCACCAGCUUAUUGGAGUCCAAAAUGUUUAUCACAGAAGCUCAAAGAAAUUCAGCUAGAAGGAUUUUUAUGUCUGAGUCACCUGUAAAAAUCAUUUAUAGAGACAGCCCAUGGACUGUCAGCAGUCUGAAGGAACCUUGAAAAGCUGCGGGUACUUCAGGGCAGCUCUCUGACCUCUAACACUGUAGACCAACAUGGUUCCAUCGUGGCCCCCCCACAGUUCACCAACAUCAUCAGGACAGAGACAAACCUGCAUUAAACGGAUCUGAAACAUGGACGCUCACAUGGAUGCAGCUUGUCACAGAUCCUUGGAAGUUAUAAGUCCUUCCUGCCAACAGUCAUCAUGGGAAACGUCAACUCUGCCCAAGAAAUGUGAUGAGCUGAGAUCUUGGUGUAGACUCGUACUCAGUGCAGUCUCAUGUAUUUUACUGAAAUACGGUUAAAUCAAAACAUCUCAGAGGCUAAUGUGGAUCCGCCUGGUUUUACUGAGAUGCUAAAGCUAGUGGCAAGAAAAAAAAGGGGGGGGGGGGGGGGUGUCUGGCUUUAUUUGUGAAACAGAUUGUGUAAUCCUGCACAUAUCAAUGUCAAGGACAGGAUAUGUUGUCCUGAUAUUGAAUUAUUGGCAGCAGGUGUGCGGUCAUAUUAUGUACCAAGAGAAUUCUGUCAUAUCAAUGAUACUUGUGACGUUCCAGCCUAACAUCAGGAAAGUGUUUACGGAGCUCAGCCAGUUCAUUUUCUGACUUCUGUACAGCCAGAAAAUCGGAGUCGUCGUGGAAAUCACUUCUGUCUGUGGCCAGAGCAAAAUGAAGUUACUUUUGUUUAUUGAUUGGCAUUUUUGGUAAUAAAUAACUGACAAAUGUCACUGAUGAAUUUUCUGGUCCAUGUUCCAGUAGCUGCAGUUCAUUCAGUGUAAACGAGACGAAGCAGCAUUAAAGGCCAAUGUAGAAGCACACGUUCUGCUUCGUAAGGUACGCUGUAAAUAAGGUGAAAACAUGGUGCUUCCAGCCGAUUUUACACCAGAACUGAACAGAACUUGCUCCAGACCAGGUGACGUGUUCAGCAUCAGUUACCAUGGUGAUCUCAUCAGGUAGAAAGAGUGCUGCUUCUAUGACACUGAUCAGCUGAAGUCUGUUUAAUACAGUUUAAUACAGCGACUCUGGCUUCAGAUAAAAUCCUGUAAAUUAUAUGAAAAUGAACACGUGGGCCAGGCCUCGUCUACAAGCGUGCACACUGAAAUUCUCCAUCAUGAUGUCAGGAUUACUUAGUGCUGUCUGAAGUUCUAGUUCUUAGUGGGGGGGUAAACUCUGACCCUGGCUGCUGUUGCUGCUCCUGCAGAAUGAACCACAUGAUGAGUGACUGUACAGACGCUGUGUUUGCUGAACUCUGCAGGCUGAAGUUCACUAACCGGCAGAGUUUAGACUCAGACUGAUCCUGUCAGAGCUGAAGGCUCGUCACAGAGAGCUUCCCCUGCACAGGGGCGAGUCUGCAGUGAUUGGCUGACAGCUGGGAUAAUAAAUUGUGGUGUUCAUUUUUCAGCCUCUCUGACCUUUAUUUAUAUAUAUAUAGAUAUAGUUCCACAGAGCCGCUCAGUGUGUAUGCAGCAUGUACCAGAAUUAUUUGUGGUUAUUGACAAAGAUAAAGAAGAUGUCUCAGAUAUGAAUGUUGCACACCACAAACUGACCUUUCAAUGAGCUCAUUCAGAGACUCACAUUUUUUCUUAUAAAGAGUUGAAUGAAACUGACCUGUAAAAUGCAGCGAUUAAAACCUUUAAACUGAUUCAUAAUAUAUUUUAACUCAAAAGCA